AUAGGUCGCUCUCAGGAGCUCAGUGAAUUCAAGCGUGGUACUGAGAUAGAUUGCCACCUGUGCAAUAAAUCCAAUCCGUAUAAUUUCCUUGCUACUAAUUAUUCCAGUCAACUGUUAGUGGUAUUAUGACAAAAUGGAAGCAGCUGAGAACAACAGCAACUCAGCCACCAAGUGGUAGGCCACGUAAAAUGACAGAGGGUUGGGCUUGACCACUUAGUUCCAGUGAAGGGAACUCUUAAGGCGUCAGCAUUCCAUGACAUUUUGGACAAUUUCAUGUUCCCAAAUUUGUGGGAACAGUUUAGGGAAGG